AUGUUACUACCGUUCUGGUCGUUUUCAUUCGCUUCGAUAAUCUGGGCUUGGGAAAUAAAUCCAAAACGGGAUUUCGAAACGGGUACUCGUCCUGAUAUUAGACACAGUAAUCCGCUAAGUGAACACAUACCUAAUUUCUAUCAUACGGAGACGAACAAUUCGAAUACUGAAGAAUUGAAAUCAUAUUUCAAUUUUCUGUCACGACUCUCCGCCAGUAUGAUUUAUAAUAUCCACAACAAUAUUAUACAUAAUUACGGCCUACACGAAGUCGAAGCGAAAACAAUAGACUCUAACUUCAACGCAACGCGCACGGAGUACCAGAUAAUUUUAAAUGAAUACUUCGGUAGAAUGGCGAGGAACGUAAAAUACAAUGAUAGUACUAUAUUUUUAUUGGAUUUCACGGACCUCUCGAACUUUUUAUUGCAGUCCGUGAUAGAAAGUAAUCUUGCGGAACUCAAAGGAAAGUUUCUUUUGCCAAACUUCUGUUACAAUCAACCGUCGAAGUACACUAUUUUGAGGCAGCAAAUGAAAAUCGCUAUAAACGUUAUGGAAGUGGAAAUUUGCACGAACCUGUCCAUCUGCAUAGGGAAUUCGGUUUACACCGAAUUCAUAGUGGAGUGCUUGCGAUAUUUACUCGACGCAAGUGACGAGCGAAUUAAGUCCUUUUUCGUCGGAUUAAGCGAUGUGUUAUACGAUUUUAUGCACACUAUUAAAACUACUGAUAGGUUUCGCAAAAAAAUUGAAACUUUCGCUCAAAAGAGUCCCGCCAAUCAUAAAGACGCUGUCGAUUUCAUCGACGAAGCCCUGACAGGCCAAGAUACCGAUAUUUUCCAAUCAAAAUAUACAAUGUUAGUGAAUACUAUAAGACAGUUCGCUAAAGUCAUCGACGAUAACUAUGAUUUAACUGAGGAAAACGUGAGAAUAUUGGAUGGAUUGUCUACAAAACUUUAUGGAAUUAAUGAUGAUUUUGAUAUCAAAAAUGUACUCGACGACCUAGUUAGGAAUUUGGAGCUCAACGUGAAGAUAUGGCCUCUGGAAGCUCAAAAUAAAUUAGAUUAUUGGUGGUUGCAAGUGGUCCAGUUAGCUUCCAGAAUUUGA